CAUGUGUGGCCGACUUCAUUCAAUUCUUAGGAGUGCCACUGCCAAUGGAUGCUACAAUCCAAUUUUUUGUCAGCUUCAUUUGGAAGUUUUCUCUGUAUGAAGCAAGAGUUUUGAAGAAAGUGCUAAAAUUUGAUCUCACAUGUUAUGUCUCCAUGUAAUUUACUAUGAACAGAUAGACUCAUACAUACACCUUAUCUUAGACUAAAAACUGCCGUCUGCAUCACCGGCUACUGCACCCAUUCCCCGAAAAACCUCCAGUCUGGAGUCUCAUUUUCUAGAUACUCCCGACUUCUUAAACAUAUUUUCAUCAUCAAGGUCCCACAAACUGUCUAACCUUAAGGUUGAAGUAUAUUGCAAUAUAAUUCAGUUUUAAGUUGAAUUUUGAACUUUGAAGCGUGUACAUCAGAGAUCUGUAGUGCGAGAGAUGGAAAAUUCUAAAGAAGAAGCAUACCAUCAUGCAAGUAGUCAUUUUGAGGAUAAGGAAGAGGAUGAAGAAGAUGGAUAUGACGAAGACGAAGAGAUGGGCAUCGAGGAGUUGGAGAAUAGAAUGUGGAUGGACAAGUUACGGCUUCAAAAACUUAAGAAAAAAGAGAAAAAGAAACUUGGCAGAGAUGGGGAUGGACUAAACAACUCGAAGUCGAUCGUCAAACAAGAGCAAUCACGCCGAAAGAAGAUGUCAAGAGCUCAAAACUCAAUUCUCAAAUACAUGAUAAAGACCAUGGAUGUAUGUGACGCGCGAGGCUUUGUGUAUGGAAUCAUACCCGCGAAAGGGAAACCAGUAACUGGUUCAUCCGAUAAUUUGCGUGCAUGGUGGAAAAAUAAAGUUGAGUUCCAUAAGACUGGUCCAGAAGCCAUCGCUAAACUACUCUCCCCAGUUACAACACAACUAGAUGGUGAAAACGAGGCAUUGGUCACUUCUUACAUGCAUCAACUUCAGCACUUGCAAGAUACCACUCUGGGUUCUCUUUUAUCAGCGUUGAUGCAACAUUGCGUACCACCACAGAAGAAAUUUCCAUUGCAAAAGGGUAUAUGUCCUCCAUGGUGGCCUACCGGGGAAGAACCAUGGUGGGGAGAUCAGGGGAUGUUGGAAAAAUCAGAGGGUCCUCCGCCAUAUAGGAAACCGCAUGACCUGAAAAAAGCUUGGAAAGUGAGUACUUUAACUGCUGUUAUCAAACAUAUGUCACCUGAUUUUAACAAUGUUAGAAGGCCUGUUUUACAAUCUAAGUAUCUUCAAAGUAAGAUGACUGCAAAAGAGACUCUAACUUGGUCCAAUAUUAUGACUCAAGAAGAAGUACUAUGCAAUAAUCUCAAUAAUUCUCUUAACAUUUCAUGUUCUUCAGCUAUGAAAGAAAAGGAAGAGGAGGAUGAUUUCAACAGCAUUCAUUCAACUAUCACCGAUGAAGAAGAACGCGAUGGGUUUAGUAUGAGUUACGGAGAGAAGAGAAAACCGGAAAUCGAUCAGCAACUGGAAGUUGAUCUUAUUUACACUUGCCAGAACAAGGAGUGCCCACAGAGUGUUAUGAAGUUUGGUUUUGCUAAUAAGAACACCAGGACUGAUCAUGAAUCUGUAUGCAUUUACCGUGCUGAGAACAAUGCGAGUACUUUAGCAUUAACUGAUCCUAGAAGUGAUGAACGGCACGGAUAUCGGAUGUUGUAUAAAAGUUGCUCAGGGGGGUCUAUUACAGGAAGUAAUUCAACAUGUACCAGUGAAUUUCAGGAAGCACUUGCCGAUGUAGCAGGCAAUAUUGGAAUCCUAGGUGGCCAGCAAGGUAAAGUUGUAGAUCAUCAUGAUAUGGAAAUAGAAUUCGAGCAGCAAAGACAAGAAAUGAUUACUCCUAGUUAUGGUACAGACGAAGAUGAGCUCCGGCCACCAAAUCAAGAAGAAACCUCAAUCUGGGAUAUGAAAUUUGUAUGGGAUUUGGAUGGGAUCUGAUUUGCAACUGGUCAAGGUAUUCUCCUUUUAUAAUCUGUAAAAGUAGGCCUGUAGUUUGGAAAAUCUUAAACUUUAGUUAAUAAUACAUAAUAACAAGACAUCGGCUUGUG